CUGAAACCUAUGUAUCUUUUGUCAAGACAUUUGGGGUGUAGGUAAAUGCAUUUAUAUUUAACAGUAACACAGCAAACCUUUGUUCCUGUGGUUUUUCUUGUUCGUUGCUCUUCAACUUCCCCAUUUGAUCUGAACGCCACUUCCUCUUUUGUUUGGUGGUGAAGUUCUUAGGGGUGGAGUUUUCAACUAUUUUGGUCUGCUGUGGUGAGAGCAGUGCAUAUGUUGUAAGUUUGUUUUAUAGGUUCUUGUGUGGAGUGGUGAAACUUGUGCAAGAUGGCGCUGGUCUGACAUUACCCUGGCGUCAGCAGGUGUGAGAACGAUAUAUGCAGUGUAUGUGAGCGUGUGAAAUGUCUGGAGACACCAGCACCUUGUUCUGGAGGAGCAUGUCUCCCACCGGCCAAUUGGAGAUCCCAACUAUGUCUCCGCAGGCAACUGUGGGUGGGUGUAGCAUCCUCCCUGCAAAGAUUAUCAAAGUGUGUUUCCUCAGCAACAGUUUCAACCUCGGCAAGAACUUCAAACUGGUCCGCUGUGACAAAGGAACGACAAUCAGGGAUGUCAUCAGCUUAGUGCUGUCUAGCGGAUGUGUGGGUCCGGACAUAAGACACAACCGCUGUUAUGGUCUUCUCCUCAAACACCUUAAGUCGUCUGCGAUACAUUGGCUGCACCCGGACCUGACCAUGUUGGAACUCGUCCAGCAAUACGAGCAGCAGCACCUGGAGGCCGAGUGGAGAUAUGACUUGAGAAUCAGAUACAUUCCAUCAGACUUUAUGGAAAAAUUCCAAGACGAUAGAACCACCAUGCUGUACUUUUACCAGCAGGUUAGAAGUGACUACAUGCAGCAGUUUGCUUCUAAGGUCAGCGAUGGGAUGGCUUUGCAGCUUGGUUGCCUGGAGAUUAGGAGAUAUUUCAAAGACAUGAAUCCAAACGGACUGGAGAAAAAGUCCAACUUUGAGCUGUUGGAGAAGGAUGUGGGACUGGACCUGUUCUUUCCAACGGAGCUGAUGAGCAGCAUGAAGCCGAAGCAGCUGCGUCGGCUGAUCCGCCAGACGUUUCAGGGCUACGGCACCCUGAACCAGGAGCAGUGCAUGGCCAAGUUCUUCAGCACUCUGGCUCAGUGUUACAGCUACGCACAGGAGAGCUUUGCCUGCAUGCUGCACGGUUGGAGUGUCACAAUAGAGCUCGUCAUCGGCCCUGAGGGUAUCAGUCAGCAAACCGACAACUCCACACCCGUGUGUCUGGCCAAGUACUCUCAGGUGAGCAGCAUCUCCUGCUCUACUGAGAGCAACGGCCGAGCUAUGCUCAACGUUCACAUAAAGGGAACCAAGCAGCCUCUCUCGGUGAGCACGGCAUCUUUGGCUGUCGCAGGAAACAUGGCUGACCUGAUUGAUGGAUACUGCCGGCUGGAGGGGGUCUCUGAGGUUUCACUCAUUAGCAGACCUGGCAAAGGGAGAAAGGAGCUACCUCAAAUUCCAAAACUCGAUGAUUCCUCCCCACACAAAAGAGAUUCCGACAUUUAUGCUGAGAUUCCCGAGGACAGACUGAUGCCGUGCGAGAAACAUAGGAUAUCCCGAACUGAUGUCAUCGUGGGUCGCGUCCUUGGUGAGGGCUUCUUUGGAGAGGUUCAUGAAGGUGUUUAUAAAAGCCCGACAGGAGAAAGGAUCCAAGUGGCCAUCAAAACAUGCAAGGACUGCUCACCAGGCGUGAAGGAGAAGUUUCUUAGUGAAGCCGAAUUAAUGAAGAAUCUAGACCACCCCUACAUCGUGCGUCUGAUUGGAGUCAUUGACGACAACCCGAUAUGGAUCGUCAUGGAGCUCUAUGAACAUGGAGAGCUGGGGAAAUAUCUGAUGGAGCAAAAGUACACCCUGACAACAGAGACUUUAAUUCUGUACAGUCUGCAAAUCUGCAAAGCCUUAGCUUACCUCGACGGCCUCAGCAUGGUGCACAGAGACAUUGCAGUGAGAAACAUCCUGGUGGCGUCUCCUGACUGCGUCAAGCUCGGUGACUUUGGUCUAUCUCGGUACAUUGAUGACCAAGAUUACUACAAAGCAUCGCUUUCACGUAUGCCGAUCAAGUGGAUGGCACCGGAAUCCAUUAACUUCCGGCGGUUUACUUCGGCGAGUGAUGUGUGGAUGUUUGGCGUGUGUGUGUGGGAGAUCUUCUCCUUGGGCCAGCAGCCCUUCCACUGGCUGGUGAACGGGCAGGUGAUCGCCCAGCUGGAGUCCGGCGUCCGACUCCCCAAGCCGCAGCUGUGCCCGCCAGCUGUUUACUCUCUGCUGACCGGCUGCUGGACCUAUGAGCCGCAUGCCCGCCCGGGCUUUAUCCAGCUCGUCUGCUUGCUCAGUGACAUCCACACAGCGGUGCAGGAGGAUAAACCAGGCUACAUCUCAUGUAUCUCGCUACUGGACCUCGAGCACGGCGAGCCUCCCCCAAAGCCUUCCAGAGUGGGCGCCGCCGACCCAUACGCCUCAAGUGUGCAGGGAAAGGAUGGGCAAGCGCAUAUUGAUGACACUUUACGAAGGCAACGAAGAGAGAUGUUGAUGGACAGACAAUGGCUGGAGCAGGAGGAGCGACAACUGGAUCCUUUUAUGCGACAGGCCUCAGAAAUCAAGCUUCUGGAAAAAAGUGUGGCUGAUGGCCCCCCAGCAGAGACCCACUUACCUCUCGGCGUCACACAGUCUCGUCCCACAGCUGAGCUGGACCGAUCAGGAGAUCAGGUGUACUCUGGGGUCAUGGCGGUGGUCAGACAGGUGGUCCAGCUGAAGAAUGAGGUCAACACGCUUCCAGCCUCCGAGUAUCCCAACGCUGUCAAAGCGAUUGGCGCCACUCUGCGGAGCCUGAUCCAAAGCGUUGAGGAAGUCCUGCCCGUUCUGCACAAGUCAUGUGCCAGCGAGAUCACGGGCACAAUGAAGCUCCUGAACAAGGACCUAGAGGAGCUGGUCAAUAAGAUGAGACUGGCCCAGCAGAACUGGGUAACGACACUAAAGGAGGAGUGCCAGAGACAGAUGUUGGCGGCAGCACACACUCUGGCACUAGACUCCAAGAACCUGCUGGACGCAGUGGACCAGGCGAGGGUCAGGGAGACACAGGAUGAAUGAAGUUAGUGUUGGGAACUCAUUCAUUUUUGGACUUUAAAGGGGAACAUUAUCAGCAGACCUAUGUAAGCGUCAAUAUAUACCUUGAUGUUGCAGAAAAAAGACCAUAUGUUUUUUUUAAACCGAUUUCCGAACUCUAUUAAAGGGUGAAUUCGGCGAUUGAAACGCCUUUCAAUUGUUCGCUGUCGGGGCAAUGACUUUUCACCCGUGAUGUCACGACAGGAAGCAAUCCGCCAUUUUCUCAAACACAUUACUCACACCAAGUCAAAUCAGGUCUGUUAUUUCGCGUUUUUUCGACUGUUUUCCGUACCUUGGAGACAUCAUGCCUCGUCGGUGUGUUGUCGGAGGGUGUAACAACUCGAACAGAGACGGAUUCAAGUUGACUUACGUGGAGUGUGCUAAUCAGACAUAUCAAUGGUCACGGCAUGCUAAUCGAUGCUUACGUGCCAUUUAGGCUAGCUGUAUGUACAUAUUGCAUCAUUAUGCCUCAUUUGUAGCUAUAUUUACAUCCAGCCUUCCCCUCCACCCACAUUUAAUGCCUAACAAACACAUACCAAUCGACGGAUUCAAGCAACAGUGGUCAAAAGAUGCGAAAGUCCCUCGUUUGUUCUGCACACUUUACCGACGAUAGCGAUACUACGACAGAGAUGGCACAGAGAUGUGUGGAUAUCUUGCGACACUCAAAGCAGAUGCAUUUCCAAUGAUAAAGUCAACAAAAUCACAAAGGUGAGUUUUGUUUAUGUUUAUGACUUAUGUGCUAAUCAGACAUAUUUGCUCAUGGCAUGACUGCAAGCUAAUCGAUGCUAACAUGCUAUUUAGCUAGCUGUAUGUACAUAUUGCAUCAUUAUGCCUCAUUUGUAGCUAUAUUUGCAUCCAGCCUUUCCCUCCACCCACAUUUAAUGCCAAACAAACACAUACCAAUCGACGGAUUUAAGUUGCUCCAGUGGUCAAAAGAUGCAAUCGUUGGUUAGAAGGCGAUCGCCGAAUUCGUCCUUUUUGCCGCUGUCUGUCGUGAUAUGGCUCAAUAGCUUCCAUUUCUUCUUCAAUUUCGUUUUCGCUAUUUGCCUCCACACUCCAACCAUCCGUUUCAAUACAUGCGUAAUCUGUUGAAUCGCUUAAACCGCUAAAAUCCGAGUCUGGAUCCGAGCUAAUGUCGCUAUAUCUUGCUGUUCUAUCCGCCAUGUUUGUUUGUAUUGGCAUCUCGCAGUGACGUCACAGGAAAAUGGACGGGUGGAUAAAGCGAUGGUGAAAAUCAGGCUCUUUGAAGCCGUUUUUCGGCUUGCGUGAUGGGUAAAAUUUUGAAAAAAACUUUGAAAAAUAAAAUAAGCCACUGGGAACUGAUUUUUAUUGGUUUUAACCCUUCUGAAAUUGUGAUAAUGUUCCCCUUUAAAUACGUAUCAAAAGUUGAAAAAAAGAAAAUGUUUAAAAAAAAAAAAAGGGAUUUCAUAUCUGUACAUGAAAAAGCAUCAAAUAAAUUGCUGUUACGCCAUGAAUGUACACAGAAAGUAUUCACAGCACCCGGAGUGAAUAUAUUUGCAGCUGCACCCUCCAAGGAUAAUGUGCACCACAAAAGGAAUGUGGGCGAGAGUUAUUUCCAAUAAAAUAUUGAUGAUA